AUGUUUCUUUUACAUCUUUCUAAUUGUUAACCAAAUUUUUUGUUUAUCAAUCGGUGCUAUCAGACAAAAUCUAAAAAAAAUCUGGUUGUUUACUACACGUAUAAAUACCUCAGAACAAAUCCAUAUCUUUGCUCACAACAAGUCCUAGUCCUCGACUCCUUAGUCCUUUCCCACUUUAUUUUUUUUCAUACUAUUGUGGUGUUCUGUUUGGAGAGAGAGAGAUAUGGCAAUUGGACAAGUUAAGGAUGCUGAGAAUAGUGAUGAAAUAAAUGGCCUUCAAUAUUUGGAACAGCCAUUAAUCCAGCAAGAUAAUAUUGUUUCCCAUAAAGAUGAUAAAAAUGUUGAAGGUGGAUCCAUUGGAAUGGUUUUGCUCAGUACAUGUGUUGCUGUUUGUGGCUCUUUUGAAUUUGGAUCAUGUGUGGGCUAUUCAGCACCCACUCAAUCUGCAAUCACAGAAGAACUUAAUCUUUCUGUAGCUGAGUACUCCAUGUUUGGCUCCAUAUUAACAAUUGGAGCAAUGUUUGGUGCCAUCACAAGUGGUAAAAUUGCAGACUUUGUUGGUCGAAAAGGGGCAAUGAGGAUGUCAGGUGUUUUCUGCAUUGCAGGAUGGCUUGCUGUAUAUUUCUCUAAGGGAGCUAUUUCACUUGACAUGGGAAGGUUAUUCACAGGAUAUGGAAUUGGAGUUUUUUCUUAUGUGGUGCCAAUAUUUAUUGCUGAAAUUGCUCCAAAGAAUCUGCGUGGAGGGCUUACAACAUUGAAUCAGCUCAUGAUUGUCACUGGAUCAUCAGUUGCAUUCUUAGUAGGAUCAGUCAUAACAUGGAGAGCACUUGCUUUGACUGGGCUUGUUCCAUGCAUAUUCCUUCUUGUGGGUCUAUGUUUUGUUCCGGAGUCUCCCAGAUGGCUGGCAAAGGUUGGCCGUGAGAAAGAAUUUCAAGUUGCGCUACGAAAACUUCGUGGCAAAGAUGCUGAUAUUACUUUUGAAGCUGCUGAAAUUAAAGAUUAUUUUGAAACUCUUAAGACACUUCCAAAGGCUAAAAUGCUGGAUUUGUUCCAAAGCAGACAUAUUCGCUCCUUGAUUAUUGGAGUAGGAAUAAUGAUAUGUCAACAAUUCACAGGAAUAAAUGGAAUAGGUUUCUAUGCAAGUGAAAUCUUUGCAGAAGCUGGGGCUUCUCUGGCCAAAAUUGGAACCAUAGCUUAUGCCUGUAUCCAGGUUCCAAUAACUAUAGUGGGCGCAAUGAUGAUUGACAAAUCUGGAAGAAAGCCACUUAUUUUGAUUUCUGCAACUGGGACAUUUCUGGGCUGCUUUGUAACGGGCACUUCUUUCUUUCUCAAGGGCCACAACUUGUUGCCUGAGUGGGCACCAAUAUUAACUUUUGUUGGAGUGCUGUUUUUCAUAGCAUUUUUCUCUAUUGGAAUGGGAGCAGUCCCUUGGCUGAUUAUGUCUGAGAUUUUUCCAAUUGAAUUGAAGGGGGCUGCUGGGAGCUUGGUGGUGCUAGUGAACUGGUUGGGUGCUUGGUUAAUUUCAUAUACAUUCAACUUUCUUUUUACCUGGAGUUCCUCAGGCACUUUUUUCCUCUACUCCGCAUUCUCUUUGAUGGCUGUUCUAUUUGUGGCAAAGGUAGUUCCAGAAACCAAAGGAAAAACACUAGAAGAAAUUCAACAAUGCAUAAACUCCUAGAGAGGGAGAAGGCUACAAAAUAAGAGAACGAACAAUAGCUGGAGAAGCUCCUUGACAAUUUGAGUUGAUUGUGGCUCAAGAAGUAUCAUCUUUAUUUGGUGCUGAAAAUCCAAGUUCAAAUGCGGCAAGAAGAUACUAAACAUUUUAUUAACAAAUUCUUUGGGCACCAAGUGAUGCGGGAGACGCAAGAAGAUUUUAAUUUAGUAUUAUUUAUGUUUGCAAGUCAAUUGUAUUUUUUAUGUUUUAGGUCCUAGUAGUUUAUUAGGCUAUUAAUAUUUUAAUUUGGAAGUAAGGUUAUUUUUGUAAUAAAGCAAUUAGGGUUUCCUAGCCAAUUAGAAUUAGGGUUUAGUCAUC